AGGUCAAGAAAACGUUAUAGGUUUUGCGGGUGACAAUAUUUUUCCAAAUCGUAUCAAGCGCAGAUAAGAGUUUCAGUAGGCAAAUUGUUAGCUGUCGCAAUAAAUAAGAGUAGCGGAUACAGCGCCAUUCUGGCUGUUGGACAUUCGGCUCGACUUGUGCAGUUGCUAAAUCGAAGAAGGAAAGGUGAUUUUCUGUUGAAUAGCAAUGGAGCAUUUCAUGCAGCAUGCGAUAUAUGUAUAUAAAGUACUGUGAACACUUGAAAUAGAAUAGUGGCGAGUCAUCUAGGAUUAACUCUAGCUUUUUAUGUUGAAAUUCCUCGCUUUGCUUGAACAAAAUCGUGAUUUAAUCAGAAUAAUCGUCAGUUAUCGUUUGACAGGCCAAUGUAUGAAGCUUAGCAGUACGUGAUACGCAUACUGCUGGGUAUGAAAAGAAUUCACGCUUUUGAAUCAAUCUAUUUUAGUAUUUAUCAACCAAUGUCAAUUCGUCACAUAGCCAUUCCGCGAUCCACUACGCUGCAAGUUUUGACAUUCUCGAUUGGUGUUGCCGCAGAAAGCACAUCAGCAUCGUUAUGUCAGCUUAUACAGGGUGAUACAUCGCGUCCUCGUGUCCAGCACGUACAUAUACUGAGCGAGAAGUUGUUACUAGCAAAUUUUAGUGGUGGAGAUAGUUAGCAGCUUAUUUUUGUAGCCACUAUUAUGUCACAUGCAUUACUGGUAAUCGGUAUUUGGUAACUACAAAAACG